UAUUCAGGCCAUUAAAAGUUAAAACAUAAAUUACCUUUUCCCCAACCACUGGAAAUUAUAUCCAGGCAGACAAAUCAUUUCCAUUCAGAAUCGAUUUUCGUAUACAAUGAUACCCAUCAUUGAAUUCAAAUUUAAUAUAAUAUCAAUUAUAAGAGACCUACAGCAGUCAGCAGAGCGAUAGUCACUUGACCACUGUUUUGUUUUUUGCAAUUGUAAUUAUUCCUAUUUCCUUCCCAAUUUUUAACUUUAGGAAUUACCAACGAGUAAGUUCCAGUUCGUUUUUUUUUUUGGAAAAUUACGGUUUCCCUUCUAAGGUCAAUUUUCGGAUACAGGCAAGCGGCAACACUGCAUUACAACUUAUAAGGUUGUCUCGUCCCUCCAACCCAUUCACAUUUGUUAUCUUUAUUAUCUCUAGACCAUAAUGUAAUCGUGAUUUUAGAUAACUCAUAAGUUGGAUGCGGGCAUGUGCGAUUCACGCAAUCACGCAUGUUAGUUUGAAUGAAAUUCGGAUUUAAAACUUUUAACUGUCUACUGCUCUAUAAAUUAUAUAGGUAAAGUCUAGUUCUGUGUUGUGUAUUGUUAAUAGUUUCACUACAGACGUGCUAAUAGCUAAUUCGAUCGUAAAAUGGACAAUCCAAUAAUAAUGAAUAAAUAUUCAAUUGAAAGGACUUUAGGAAAUGAAAUUAAACCAUAUAACUACGAUGAAUUUGUCAAGAAUUUCAAAAUAAAUAUAAUCAGUCGCUCUGAAAGUGACUUGGAAUUUGAUCUUGUCGGCAUUGAUGUAGCUGUGGCUAAUAGUUUAAGAAGAGUUAUUUUAUCUGAGGUACCUAGUAUGGCAAUUGAAAAAGUGCAUAUAUAUCAAAAUACAUCAUAUAUACUCGAUGAAAUACUAGCACAUCGAUUGGGAUUAAUUCCAUUGAAAGCAGACCCUAGGCAGUUCAAAAUGAAAGAAGAUGAAAAUUCUGAGCCUAAUGAACAUGACAGUUUAGUUUAUGAAAUGAAAAUAAAAUGUACAAAAAAAGAUUUAGAUGCAUUAGCUCACAAACAAUUUAUUAGUUUUCCUGUGUAUGCAAAACACAUAAAAUGGUUGCCAUUGGGCAACCAAAAAGAUAUUUUCACGGAAAAAGAUGUUGGAAUAAUUAAUGAUGAUAUUCUUAUUGCAAAAUUAAGACCUGGACAAGAAAUUGAACUUAAAAUGUUUGCAGUUAAAGGAUUACCUAAAGACCAUGCUAAAUUUCAAAGUGUUUGUACAGCUUGGUAUAGAAUGAUGCCAGAUAUUAAAUUACUUGAUGAAAUCAAAGGAAAUGAUGCACUAUUACUACAAUCAUGCUUUCCUAAGGGUGUCAUUGGACUGAAAAGUGUUAAAGGUGUUCUUAAUGCAUUUGUUGAAGAUUCUCGAAAAGAUAAUAGUUCCAGGAAUGUAUUUAGAUACAAACAAUUUGAUAAUAAAAUUUUACUUUCCAAAAUUCAGGAUCAUUUUAUAUUUACAAUUGAAUCAGUUGGAGCAAUGGAUCCAAGUGUAAUUUUCUUAGAAGCCUUAAAUAUUUUAAUUAAAAAAGUUAAUAGCGCUUCAGAAUCAGCACUAAAUCAAACUGAAAUCUAAUUUUAUUAUAUUUGUGUUUUAAUGUUAUUAUUAUUUAAUAUGUAAUGUAAAAAUAACUAACUAUUUAUUUUAAAUAAAUCAUUUUUCAACAAAAA